CUUUCCAGCAACAAGUACAAACAAAUAAUCUCAUUGAUCGCGGCCAUGACGGAGCCUGCUAUUGCGCGUGUCGUACUCCCUUCGCCCCCCUCGUCUCCUGAGCCAGAAAAAGACGAAAACGAAGAAGUCUCUUCCGACUUCCUCGAUUCCUGGCCAGCAACGACUUCCGAGCUUGAUCUUGUGCACUGCCGUUUAGGCUCACUUGAUCCUCUCCACCUCCCUCGCUUUGCAGAGCACCUGAAACGACUAUGUGUACGGCAAAACCACAUAUCUACUCUCGAACCCCUUGCGUUAUCAUCAUUAAUAUUACUGGAAGAGCUCGAUGUCUAUGACAACAAGCUCAAGAACUCCGGGAUAACCGCUCUGCCGGCGUCGCUCAUUACACUCGAUCUGAGCUUCAAUUUGCUGAAACACAUUCCCGAUGCUCUUGAAAGCUUGCCAAAUCUUGAAACGGUGUAUUUCGUGCAGAACAGGAUCUCACGGAUCGAGCGUCUGGGAAUGUGUACCAAAUUGAGGAGUCUCGAGUUGGGCGGAAACCGCAUACGCGAUAUAACGUCUCUGUCCUCUCUGACUGCGCUUGAGGAACUUUGGCUUGGCAAGAACAAAAUCGCGACCGUACCGCCCGGUGCGCUCACACCCCUGACGUCCCUCCGCAUCCUUUCCCUUCAAUCCAACAGACUGACGCGAAUAACUGGAAUGGACAGCCUCAUCAAUUUACAAGAACUAUAUCUUUCUCACAAUGGUAUCGAGAAGCUCGAAGGCCUACAUGAUAACGUGAGCCUUAGCACACUCGAUAUCGGGAACAAUUUUAUCCCAGCUAUCGAAGGAAUUGACCAUUUGACGCAAUUGGAAGAACUUUGGAUGAACAACAAUAAUAUCCCUGCUUCCGUCCUGUCCUCCCCUUUUCCUGAUCUCCCGGCUCUCCGUACCAUAUAUCUUGAGGGAAACCCAUGUCAGAAAGCGGAUCCUGUCAACUAUCGUCGUAAAGUGAUGUUGGCGCUCCCCCAGGUGACUCAAAUUGAUGCAACUUACGUCAAAGCUGCCUGAACAGUCCAGGCGCAGUCGCUCCUCGCCACCUCCUUCUGACAUCGUGUGUUAUGAAUGAGCUAGAAGCAAGACGUGUGUAUCAGUGUAUCAGUCAUUUCAGCGCCUUCAUUUGUCAAUAAAAACCCUUUAGAAUCGCUACUGAAUAAUCUACUUUGAAUGUGGACGUUCACCAGCAAAAACGAGCCCCCUCUCCGACUGGGUUCCUCCUUCAAUUCGGAGUUCUUGUCGUAAGUAUGUCC